UUUGAGAAAUUAUUGUCUGGUCCAGGUUGAUGAUAUUCACCAUUUCACUGUAGACUGUUGUUGUUAGACCCAGUCUUGGGCCCGUGUUUCCUGGAUAGGCUCCGGACCAAUUCGACCCUGACUUGGAGUUGGAUGGACAGCCGUUAUGAAUCAAGAAGAAGCAGCAGGAUGUGCUCGGCUUCUUGGACGCCCUUAAGAUCGAGUACGCAGAGAUGGACAUCGCGUCCAACGAGGAGAACCGCAUGUGGAUGAGGGAGAAUGUCCCCGGAGAGAAGAAGCCCAAAAACGGCAUCCCGUUGCCCCCUCAGAUCUUCAACGAGGAGAACUAUUGCGGGGACUAUGACACAUUUUUUGAUGCUAAGGAAGGAAAUCAGGUGUUUGAAUUCCUUGGCCUUCCUCCUCCUCCAGGAUCAAAGAAGCUGGAGGAGAAAGCAAGCGAGAUUGGUGAAGAAGCGCUCAUCAGCUCUGUGGAGGCUGUCAAGGAAGAGAGUGAAGAGCCAGGAUUGAAUGUGUUGACAGAGGAACCUUCAGAUGAGACUAAAAAGGUACCCAGGGAAGAAGAAGAAGAAGAAGAAAUCAAGGAAGAAGAUGAGCAGCUGGUUUCAGAGGGAGAGGAAGAUCUGGGUUUGUCUGAGGAGGAAGAAGAAUUGCGUCAACUACAGGACGAGCCACAGGAAGAAGAGGAGGACCCAGUAACAGAGGAGGAAGACGAAGGAGCAGAUGCCGAGGAUGAAGAAGAUGAAUAAUCCUGACCUGCUGGGGGUUAGCCAUUCUAUUUAUACAAACUUCAAGUCAUGAAAAGACUGUCCCUGUCAAGAAUCAGCUUCCAGCAGCUUCCACCCAAAUCAGACCCUCCAUCAUAUCAGCUUUCAGCAUCUUGCAUCGCGGGAGCACCCUGAUGACGGAACCCUGAACCCAAAUCCUGCUCCGCUCCCUUUAAAGAGAGAGUUUACCCCGUAGCUGUUACCGUGCUUUUUUGUCGUGUGGGACAGUAACGAGUAGAUGUUUGGCAUACUUGUGCAUCAGUAACGUUCUAGUUUAGUGUCGCUUAUUUGUUAAAUUGUUGAAAAGUUUACAAACUACUGAUUACAGUGAAAUUUCUCAUUGUCACUUUAAAUAGGUGAGUGCGGCAUGCUUUUUUCUGCCUACUGCACUCAAUAGGCACAGAAACAGCAUGUUUUUUAUUUCGUAAAGUCCAAUUUGAAGAGCUUGCAAACUACAGCACUGUAAAUAAAGGUAGUACCACAAAAUAACAAUCAUCGUGCGAACGAGGAGAUUUUAUACUCACACCCUUCAUGCAAUAAUGCAACUUUCAGGCCUUUUACCGCACUUCACAUCUGCAGGACAAGAUCACUGGCUUGAGUUACUUUAAACAACUGACUCCUCAA